CGCUCCCGUAGUGUGUGUGUGUGCGCGCGCGCGUGCGUGUGUGUGUGCUGUUCUCUCCACCGGGCGCUUUCCUCCGGCGAGCUGCGGAUGAAACACGGAUUCAUUAGGGGAAAGUGUCAGCGUGCGUCGGAUGUGUGCGUGAGCGUGUAGUUGUUUCGGAGCCCGGCGGAGGUUUUUUUUUUCUCUCUCUCUCGAGGAAUUCCAAAGUGUGACAGCCGUUGAUGGGAGCCGCUGGCGCACUGAGGAGGUCGGGGCUGGGACCUUUCACCGCCCGCAUUGUUGUUGCACAUGUGUUUGCUGACAUGGAGUGAAAGCAGUCCUCCCCGUUCGCCGUCGGAUCCGACCCACACACUCGCAUUGCGCUGCUCUCCAUGGUGCUCGAAGGCAGGGAGAUGGACGGGGUCGGGAACACCAUGCAGAAGAAGGCUGCGGAGCUGGAGCGGCUGGCCGAGGUGCUCGUCACCGGAGAGCAGUUGAGCUCGUCUGCAACAUCGACCACCGGAUCUGCGGCCACCAUGCAGUGGAUCCGACAGUCGGAGAAGCUGCGACUCCACGAGGGGAAGGUGAUCAAGGACCGGCGGCACCACCUGCGAACGUACCCAAACUGCUUCGUGGCCAAGGAGCUCAUCGACUGGCUGAUUGAACACAAGGAGGCCUCGGAGCGAGACACGGCCAUCAAGAUUAUGCAGAAACUUUUGGACCAGUGCAUCAUUCACCAUGUGUGUGACGAGCACCGGGAGUUCAAAGACCUGAAGUUGUUUUACCGCUUCCGCAAGGACGACGGUACUUUCCCGUUGGACAGUGAAGCCAAGGUCUUCAUGAGGGGCCAGAGGAUAUAUGAGAAGCUGAUGAACACAGAGAACAACCUCUUACAGACCAGGGAGGAGGAGGGUGGGACAUUCGAGCGGACGCUGUUGGCCUCGGAGUUCAUCGACUGGUUGCUGCAGGAGGGCGAGAUGGCGAGCAGGGAGGAGGCGGAGCGGCUCGGACGGAGGCUCCUCGAGCACGGCAUCAUUCAGCACGUCACCAACAAGCAUCACUUUGUCGACGGGCCCCUCCUCUACCAGUUCAGGAUGAAUUUCCGCCGGCGGCGGCGACUGAUGGAACUCCUUCACGAGCGCUGCCGCAGCAUCCCUGAGAGCCACGACAGCCCCUUCUGUCUCCGCAAGCAGAACUCCGAUGGAGGCAACACCAGCUUCCUCUCAGUGAGUCCCACUAAAGAGAUAAAGCUCGUGGUCGGAAUUCGUCGGAGCAGCAUGAGCAGCAGCUGUGGCAGCAGCGGAUAUUACAGCAGCAGUCCUACGCUCAGCAGCAGUCCACCUGUCCUCUGCAACCCCAAAUCGGUUCUGAAGAGACAAGUGAGUCCUGAGGAGCUGCAGACACCAGGAGGACCUUUUUUAAAGAAGACGUUCACGAUUGUGGGCGACGCUGUGGGCUGGGGCUUCGUGGUGCGUGGCAGCAAACCCUGUCACAUCCAGGCUGUGGACCCUGGUGGACCUGCGGCUGCUGCUGGCAUGAAGGUGUGUCAGUUCGUGGUGUCGGUGAACGGACUGAACGUCCUCCCUCAGGACUACAGGACCGUCAGCAACCUGAUCCUGACUGGCCCCAGGACGAUCGUCAUGGAGGUGAUGGAGGAGAGGCACACGCACUACAGAGGGAGAGUGCAGGAGCCGCCACCUCUACAGGCAGAAACCCAGCUGCCUCAUUGUGACUCUGUCGCAACGAGCAGGCCCCAGACUUUGUGUGUGGACGAGGAAAACCCAAAGUCCCUGCUUUUGCUUUGAGUUCCCAACUCGAACUGUGUCAUGAAUCCGUUGCUGAACAUGUCAAAGAAUGUGAGGCACAAUUUUUUUUUUGUCAAUAGAAUCUGGAGAAGAACGAGCAAAAGCUGAAACCGUAACAAUAAGGAGGAACAUUCAGUGACCUCUCCCCCACUAAGUUUCCAACCAUGGACAGAAGCACCUGACGAAACAACACUGCCCUCUGCUGGGCUGGACAGGCAGACAACGGAGCACAGGGAGACACAUUCACUGAAACGUCAUACAGUGAAUCACAAGUCUUAGUUUUCAGGGUGCAAUUGUUUCUUUCUUUGCCUGGGAACUUGUCGUGUGAAAACCCCACGGGCAAAUUAACAACUAACGUGAUGCCCAGGUAGAUUCAUGCACAGCUGCUCGGUGUACAUAAAACAAAUGCAGUGAUAAACUGCAUGUGACGUCAGCAGGCACAAUGUACAUAGACGUAACACACAAACAAAUGGAAGAAGCCUCAUCAAUGUGGUACAGCGCUGAGAAAAUCUUAAGACUCACUCUUUUUUAAAAGGAUUAUUUUCCCUUGAUCGCUUGAGUGUUUCGCUCUAUUCUAAGAUGACACCUGACAUGCCGACCUUCAACUUCCAUAAGGACAUGUGAAGUCAUUAUCUGUGAGAAACACUGAGUUAACAUUCUUUGUUAUACUAUACUAUUGUUUAAAUGCUCGCAGCACUAAAAUACCCUUUUGAAAUAUUUCUAAAUAGUUUUACAUUUAUUGACUAAGAAAGGAGAAAAAAUAAAACACCAGUUAUUUUCUACAUCAGUGGCAGUUGAAGUCAUAAACUAUUAUCGGAGUCACAUUUUGCCAACCAGCUUUACUGGAAAACUUUGACGUUGUAGAAGUAGAAAUAUCAAACAAUAGAUUUUAUUUACCCUUUUGAUAUAGAUAAUAUAUCUACAAUAUAGGUUUUUAAUGAAAAGUACAGACAAUGACUAUAUGAGCAUAAGGAGUGUAACAAUUCUAAAACCACAAUGUGAUUGUCCACAAUCUCGUAUCGUGAUGAAGGACAACAGAACCUUAAUGCCCAGGUUGAGCUCUUAUUACGUCUCUUACGUAAUAUAGCAAAUUUUUCAUUUUAGAACAACCACUAUAACAAAAAAUGUAUUAGUAGUUAAAGUAAAUUUGUGUAUUUUUCAAAUAUUACACAACAAACCUAUUGUGGUCUUCUAACAGCAUGUGUCACAUGACUAUUUGACCCAAUCAUGAUGGCGUGAUCACGGCUGCAGUAAACAUUAGGUGUGUUUAAUUGGCUCAAGAUGGAUAAUAACCCUGAGAUUGUAAAUCCCCCCAGGGACAUUCAUCUGAGCAGUGUGGCAAUAUUUUGGUUUAAAAAAAAAAAACCACAACAAUCUUGUUUUGGAGAAUCUUUACACCCCUAAUGAGCUUUCAAACCAUUAAAUGACGGUUUUGAUUGUCAAAAGCACUUAAGUGAGUAAAAAAGAUUUCCUUUGUGGCAUAACAUUUACAAUUUUAAUAUGUACAUAUACCUUGUGAAUAUACAAUCUGACAUCCCUAAUGUGAACAUAAUAAGAAAAAAUGACCACCUGCUUGCCCCCAAAUCCUGCUCUCCUUCAUUAUUCGUUAGACAAUUUUGAGUUAGAUAAUCAUAUGUACAGUUUGAUUGCUGGAAUCAGAAAACUGUGCAGUUAAAUCUAAAGAUCAUAGGAAUGAUAAGGUUUAUAACUAGCGUUGAGAUAAUUUAAAAUAUCAGCUUACAUGUGAAAUUUAUUUGAAAUAUGACAUCUGUGUAUGAUGUGUUUUUUAAAUGGCAACACAUCUCCAAGCAAUAGAUGAUUUAGUAUGAAAGGGUCAGUUCCCUCAAAUCACCCAAAAAACACAUUGUUCAGCCAUGCAGAAAGAUUGGGGGGAAAGAUUUUUUUUUUCUGAUCUACUCUCCAAUGUACUGGACUGGCAUAAGAAAAUUAUAUUAUAACAAAUGGCCCUGAAUCUACUGUAUCAGAUUGUCCAGAUACAACUACAUCUAAAUCAGAAAUAAUAUUUUAAUUUUGUAAUUUUUUGUAAUUUGAAAUUAACUUUGUCUUGAACUGAACGUUCACUGGGUUAAAAGCAGGCCGGAGGUUCCGAUAAAGGGUUUUGUACAUCAGAAUUAACUAUGUUAAUUACUGUAAUUAAUUGCAUUCUUGUGCUAUAAUGUGUUUAGACAUGCUAGCAUGAAAAGAUCAUAUUUGAAGCUGUAAUAUUGAUAAAAAUAAGAGCGUAGAUAAAUGAUGCUCACAGUGCUCAUACAGUACGUGUCUGUAAUCCCAGUAAAUACUUGUUCGCUUGGUUGAUUUAGACUAAAAUUGCGCUGCCUUGGAUGUUGGAUCUGUUCUUAGUUUAGUCCUGAAGUGAAAUUAUUACUUAGAAAAAGUUAAACUGAGCUUUUUUUCCCUAUUCAAGGCGAACAUAUACUCAUUACCAAACAGUAGAAUUUAAUCUGUAACAUCAAACUGCCUCCAGAUGUGUCCUCGGUGAGUCCUUCGGUGGACACGUCAUUGUUGUUUCUCAGUGUGCUUACAGUAGGUGUUGUGGGAUGUGAAAUGCAUGAUUCAUGUAAAUAUGUGCUUAUGUAGCAUUAGCUCCUAAUCCAAAGCCCCUCCUUCGUCUAUUAACUCGUAGGAAUGUAUUAUCUGGACAAAUCAUUUCAGAAGUAAGGUCAAUUUGGACGUGCUCUGUGCGCCGCCGGUGUACCGUCAACAGGAGGGAGAAAAACGGAAUCACUUCUUCCUCAACUCAAUAAAUAAGAAAACUUUCUUCUCCGAUGCUGGUGAUAUUCUCUGGUCGAUUCUGCUAAACAUCCUCGACAUUUUGUAUCACCCGCUGAUCUCAAAACAAUCCCCUCCUGGAUGAUGCCAAACGUGUACAGUUUUUAUUACUGCUAUGUGUCAAGUUGAUGGAUAUUUUGUCGGUAGGGUUUUGCUGCAUAUGAGGAAAGGAUUCAACGGACCCUAGAUACAGAAAUUACAAAAAAAUGUUUUGAUACUGCAGACAUGUGAUUCUCCACUGACCUACUGUAGAGAUGUUAUCAGAUUUUAACGGUUAAUAUCUACACUUGGCACGAGUUCAGCCUUUCUCAUCCGGCUGCAGUUUGAAACUUUCAGUGUGUGAACAAUUAUCUGCUGGUUCAAGGUUUGUGAUCCUGAUGGAGGAGAUGGAGGAUGUUUGUCUGAAGGCAUCUUGCAGAGGAGGACAGAUCGAUUGGGGUUUUUCGGGAAACGAAUGUUCCCCUUCACGCCGUCUAGAAAUGUGUCUUGUUUAUUAUCGUAAAUUGUUGAAAGAGCUCUGCGUGGUUGUAGUUAACUGAAACGGGUUCACUGACUGUUCAACAGUAAAAGCGUUUGCCUUAACAUCUUCUGUUGCUGCUAAUCCCACUUGGUGGUCAUCGAGUCUUGUUCUAUUCCCAGAUCUGUUAGCUCUCACUUUGUGUAUUCCUUUGUACAGGUUGGUCAUAAUCUAUUGACAAUCAGUGUUUUAUAGACGCCGCCUCUAAAUAGCACACAGGUCUCAGAGGCAACGGUGACAGAAUGUAUUUCAUCACCUUCCUCCACAUUGUGUUGUCACUUUUAGACUUUCGCCCUAAACGACUCAUUUCAUUAAAGGGAUUCUUGACUCUCUCCAUGUUCGCACAACGAUGCCGGAGUGAGGGCGCAAACUUUUUUUCUCCAGGCACAGCUGUGAGUUGAUUUUCUCUUUUCUUCCACUAUCAGGGUUUGAAUGUUGGGUUCGAAGACAGUACAAACUGUCUGAUCGUCUGUUUUUGACCAAGCAGAUAAAAGCUCAUCCCGAUGUUCCAAUGUAUUAAACAGUUAAGCAAAGUGUUUGAUAAACAAUCUGAUGUGAUUCCUACUCUGUGUUUGUGGUUUCAUCUCAAAAAGUAUGUUCAAAGUCUUUGCACUUGAUGAUGGACAUAAUUUAGACUCAUAUUUAGUAACAUUGUGCAGUGUUGACUGUGUAUGUUUAAAAAUCAGACAAAAACAGACAUUUUAUCAAGAGAUAAUAGUAGAAUAAGAAGUGUUUUUAAAGUCCUUUGGAUUGCAAUUGCAUUAUUGUGAUUUUUUUUGGAAAUACAGUAUGAAAUAUAGUAUGUUUUCUUUUGGCCUAUA